UUCCCCCAUCUGGGCCUGGAAGAACAGAGAGCUCAGCAAGGCGCCCCCAACCAACCCAGAGAGGCUUCAGGGCUGUGAGAGUGGGAAGCCGGGAAUGCUGGUCAGAUCCCGCCUCCCUGGCGGUUCCACGUCCUCCACAGCUUUCCCAGGACCCCAGGGUCCAGGCCCCCAACUCCCUCCUCCCUCGGACCCUGGAGCUCCGGCCGAGACAACGACCCCAGGCCGAGCCCGGUGGCGCUGAGGCGUUCAGGACCCCCGUAGGCCAAAAUCCCAACCCAGCUCUCCCCCAUGUGGUCAGACAAAGGCACGGAGGAACCGGCCUCCCGGCCCGCCCCGAAAUGUGGCACCCUCUGAUCCUGCUACUGCUGCUCCCCUCUGCCUUGGUGCCCCCCUCCACUGCUGCCCCUAUCCGAGAUGAUGACACCCAGGAGAGUUCCUCAGGUUUUCUAGGCCUCCAGAGCCUACUUCAAGGCUUCACCCGGCUUUUCCUGAAAGAUGACCUGUUUCAGAGCAUGCACAGCUUUUUCUCCACCCCCAUGGACUUCCAGAGCCUCCCCAGAAACUACCACCAAGAAGAGAACCAGAAGCGCCAGCUGGGGAACAGCACUAUCUCUAAACACCUCCAGAUAGACAAGGUGACAGACAACAAGACAGGAGAGGUGCUGGUCUCUGAGCAGGUGGUGGCAUCCAUUGAGCCAAGAGAGGGGAGCUUGGAGGGUGACUGGAAGGCACCCAAGAUCAAGGAGACGGCCCUACUGCCCACCCCGAAGGCUGUGGACAGCUUCCAUCCAAAGCUCCAUCCCCGAGUCGCCUUCUGGAUCAGGAAGGUGCCAGGAAGGAGGUCCCACCAGGAAACCCAGGAAAGCAAACACUGGCCCAGCGAGAAGCGACACCGCAUGCAGGCCAUCCGGGAUGGGCUCCGCGAGGGGACCCGAGAGGACACCCUAGCAGAGGGGCCCCAGGGCUCCUCCUGCUCCCGACUGCCUGCCCACAAGACCCACUUCCUGUACAUCUUCUUACCUUCCCACCAGACCGCACCACAAGAACCAUAAGUAAAUAAAGAUUUUUCUUCCACCUGG